UGUCGUCAGGACGUGCUCGUAGCUCAUCCGGGUCAAAAGGCGUCAGCAUGGACACGGGGGAUGUUCUUGCAUCUCUGGGGGUAGAGGGAGCCACCGCGGCUGCGCAUGCGCUCUCUCUUCCAGCAGAGGCGUACGGAAAUGAUGCCCAGUUGGAAGUAAUGUGGGCUAUGAAAGCCUACAAUCACGCAGAAGUUUACUAUAAUCUUAUUUCCUCAGUUGAUCCCAAACUUCUAAAACUAACAAAAUCCGACGAGCAGAUAUAUACUAAGUUCCGGGAAGCGUUUCCUGACCUCAGUAUUGAAGUUCUGGACCCGGAGCUGCUGAAGUCAGCAGACGCUAAAGAGAAAUGGAGGCCCUUUUGUAACCAGUUUGAAGGAGUUGUAGAGGACUUCAACUAUGGUACAUUAUUACGUCUAGACUGUCAGAAGGACUACACGGAGGUGAACACGAUAUUCGGACACGGCUACAUUCUAUAGGCUCUACUACCGAAGAACGCCAGAUCAACAAUAAAGCCACGAGAGACUGGAAGUCUGUGAGAUUAAAAAGCAGGGAAAACAGUUUGACGAAAGCUCAGAGAGCAACUUCACCACAACCAAGUCACUUUAUCUAAUCAAAUCCACAGACGAUAUGAUCGAACCCUUCAGAGACAAAAGGGGAAAGGUUACGCGUGCGUUCUCCAAUGAAUUUCACACGAGGACGGGGUCGUUUUAGGACCAUUCCCAGGCCAGCAGUAAGCAGAUCUAAGAACAUCCUCGGUGACGGAGGUGGUGGGGAUGUUGACGCAAGACGGACUUCAUCAUGCCCAAGAUUUGAGGGAAACGGUAUUCCUUCUGAAAACGUUAACGCAAGAUGCUUGUGUAUUUACAGAGCUCCCGUUUGCGUUCCAUAGAGUCAAUUCGAAGGGGGAAAAAUAAUAAAAUGUACAACUUGUGAUCCUAUUCAACGUUUCAUCCCGCCCCUUCUGCGGACAGCUGUCAAUCCCAGCACUCACGCCUCAAUCCCACAUUGUCACCCAGAUAUAAACGACUCUCCAUACAGACAAACCCACACUUCAGCACAGUUGCACUAACUUACUAGACUGUAAAAAGUUUUCAAUCGCACUCAAUAUUUGUCUUAAAUUGUAAUCAUUAUAAACAUUGUUGAAAAUGUUAUGAAAAAAAUGUACACUUUUUUUUCCUUAUGUGUUUCUAUACAAGGCAGGCAAAAGCAGAGCACUAUGUAUAUCAGCUCAUCCUAACCCUUCCUCCCACAGACAUGCUCUCCAACACACUCACGCUCACACACACACACACACGGACGCCCACUUCCCAUCGUCCCUAAGAGUGGUUCGGGUGUGCCGCCCACUCUAGAGUCCACACUGGUGCCGUCCCACACCCCAAACCCAUUCCCAACCAUUCCCCAGCCGUACCCUCUUCUCUCUCUUUGGACUUUGAGCCCCAAAUGACAAGAGAAUGGUCAAGGAGAAUGACUUCUA